ACGAAAUGUUUUGCCUCUCACGUCAUACCUAGCGGCCUCAAGCACGUGACAUUACUCAGGUUUUGCAAUAUUUGGCUUCAACCGAACUUCUCCGACCUCUCCACUUGUAACUCCGAGCUCACAGCCCGAGCAAACUUCACAUCGACUGAUACACUGUUCGACUUAUAAGUCUCUUCAGCGUCCAUGGCGAAAAUGCUUAUGUUCGCAUAGUCUUUAUACGCACAACGUUUUUUCCUUGGCUACCAUCAUGUCUUCUGGGCCAAAAUUUUGGUUAUCGCGGCUUGGCGAAGAAAGCGGUUUCGUAUCGAUUUCGCAGUCAUGUCGCGAUACCAAAGUUCUUUGCUUGCAGCGUUUCGUUCGCCUCUUUGCAUACGGCGCAUCAUUUCUUAUUUUAGUACACUUCCUCUCAAGUCUAGGCUACUCGGAUGAACGAAUCGGCCUCUUCAUGACAUUGACUCUUCUCGGAGAUGUCGUCAUCAGCUUCUUGCUCACCGCCGUUACCGACCAAGUUGGAAGACGAAAAGUCCUGGCCACUGGAGCCGCAUUGAUGGUUAUGAGCGGUCUGGUUUUUGCUACGGUUGGGAACUAUUGGGUUCUCGUCAUUGCCAGUAUAUUCGGGGUUAUCAGCCCCAGCGGGAACGAAAUUGGACCAUUCCGCGCCGUUGAAGAGUCAAUCCUUGCUCAGCUUACGCAGAAGGAAAGGCGCAGUGAUAUCUUCGCAUGGUACACGCUUUUCGGCUCAGCAGGGGCCGCUCUAGGCACACUCACCUGCGGUUGGGUCGUGCAGGCGCUCGAAGGCAAUGAUUCUUGGACUCAGAACGAAGCAUACAGAGUCGUCUUUCUUAUAUAUGCAGCGAUCGGCUUAGUUAAGCUAAUGCUUGUUUUUGCCCUCACGUCUGGUGUUGAGGCACCGCCGACAGAGACCGACGAUUCUACUAGUCGAAGCAACACCGAAACCCAACCUCUACUUGGCGAUAACUUGGACAGCGGGCAGAGCCAAUCUAGGCAGUCAAACGGUCAAUCUCGUCGGCCAACGAUCAUGCAACGCACAAAGGCUUUGCUUCCCUACAUCUCUCCAAUGUCUCGAUCCAUACUGUUCCGGCUCCUCAUUCUGUUUUGUCUCGACUCUUUCGCCUCCGGUAUGGCAUCGCCAUCUUGGUUAACUUACUACUUCACCACCGUCCACUCUCUUCAGCCGGGGUCACUGGGGACUCUAUUCUUGGUCACCAAUCUUCUCGCUACAAUCUCAAACCUCGUCGCACUUCCUCUUGCCCGCCGCUUGGGACCACUCAAGACUAUGGUUUUUACACACCUGCCUUCGGCUAUAUUUUUGUCAAUGAUUCCUCUUCCAUCGCCUGGUUCCGGUGGAACAUGGACAGCGAUGGCAUUUCUGUCCUUGAGAGCGUGUACCCAAAGCAUGGACCAAGCGCCCAGGCAGGCCUUCCUCGCAGCUGCAGUUCUCCCCAAUGAGAGAACGGCUGUAUUGGGCGUGGUCAACAUUGUAAAGACGUGGGCUCAAGCGGGUGGUCUAGGUUCUGCAGGGUAUCUCGCCGGAAAGAAUCUUUGGAUCGUGGUGUUUACGGGAGCAGGAAUCAUGAAGGCGUGUUAUGAUCUGUUGAUGCUGGGAUUAUUCUUGGGUCUCAGAGACCGCGAAGAUGACAGCUCGAAAUCUCGUUCAAGGGACGAGGAAGAGUCUUGA